CUUCCAUGGUGCGCGAUACUCCUGCUUGUCCCUCUUUGUCCGGUGGCGACAGAAGGCCAUGAUAAUUAUGGCAAAAUUUGCGUUUUUGAAUGAAUUAUAGUUGAAUGGUGGAUCAUCAAGCAUACACCGUGUGAGGACUGGUUUGCUGGCAAUGACACACCAGAGAGUUUCAAUUUAAAGGACAGCAGAGCAAGCAACGGAGAAAGGGUACAGUUUGCUUCCAAGACAGUCUGCAAGAUGGCUAGCUAUCUUCAGUGGCAUGCUAACGUUAGCUAGCAAGCUAAUGUUAGCAUAGUAAACAACAGUUUUCAAAACGUGAUCGAUUGCUUUAUCUCAUACAUGCUGUAUUAAGUGGAAUUAAGUGCACAUUUUCACAAGUGACUGUAGAAAUAUAAACCACAGUUUCGGAUUAAUGUGCCAGUGUUGCGGCUACUCAACGCUGCUAGCUAGCCACAUUGAGUAACGUGGCUAGCUAGUUAGCCAAGGCAGUAACUAGCUUGCGUUAGCUAGCUGGUCGACUUUUUAGCUACACAUCUGUAAGUGAUCAUUUUAGACAGAGAGCGAGAAAGGGGUGGGGGGUGCCCUGUAACUUGCUUGUACUGGCAGACGAGCCAGGUAGCAAGCAACUAGUUUCACUCAGCUAGCAGAAACUGGCUUGCAACAAGACGAACUUCUGCUAAAUACCGUGAACCAGCUCAGGUUUACCUGACGUUUAUUUGGUGACCAAAUCCCGGCGUGACAGACACCGUGGCGAAAGAUUUGCAGCUGGAAAGGAGUUUGCAGACCUGGGCCGGCGUUAUAAUACAAUUUAGUUACCAAUACGUGUUAGUUACUGCUGUGAUGAUAACCAUUUUAUCGUUACUGACAUGACCUGAAGGCAGAUUCCACCUACUCGGCUCAUUGCCUUCAAGACGUCGUCAUUUUUAACUUUUUUUUUCUUGCAUAUGAACGGUGAUAUGCCACUUCACCGACAGUCAUAUUAGCUAAUGGCUGCCGAAUCGGGGAGACUACUGGCGGGACAAGGAAAACGAAGCAAAGCUUCACAGAUGAAGAGCCCGGAGAAGAAGAAGGCAAGAAAAUCAACCACUCAGGCGGCGGGGUUCUCCCACCUCACUGAGUUUGCACCCCCCCCUACCCCAAUGGUGGACCACCUGGUCGCCUCCAACCCGUUUGACGAUGACUUCGGGCCCCCAUCUCGACCAAGUGGGGCAGGUGGACCAGGUGGCGCUCCGUUUCUUCCCAGCCCCGGUGCAGGUGGAGGAGGUGGGUAUGGAGGUGGAGGCAGAAUGAGCGCAGGCAUGGGCUUCAUGGGAGGCCCAGGUGGACCAGGCGGUGGCCAGCCUGGACGGAGGCCCCCGUUCGGCCCUCCAUCCAACGCCGGACCUCACCACCAGCUAGGAUUUGGAGGAAUGCCUGGCUUUGGAGGUGGCGGUGGGGGAGGCAGUGGGGGAGGAGGAGGAGGAGGAGGUGGUGGUGGAUUCCCCCCUGGUGGCCCUUCUCAGUUUAAUAUGCCACCAAACUUCAGUCCACCCAUGCACCCUGGGCCAGGAUUCAACCCCAUGUUGUCUCCGGGCGGUAUGGGAGGUCCUGGAGGAGGGGGACCACCCCAUCCUCGGUUUGGCAUACCCCCACAGCAGCAGCAUGGACAGGGAGGACACCCAUUCAACAGCCCACCAUUACCUGGUGGUGGAGGCCCGAGAGGGCCCCCACAUGGUCCCCUGCCUCCCAUGGGAGGCGGCAUGGGUCCUGGGAUGAACAUGAUGGGUGGCAUGGGUGGUGGUCCCGGAGGCAACAUGGUGGGAGGGUUGCCAGGUAUGCCCCCUCAAGGACAGUUCCCUCCAUCACAGGAUGGCCCCUACCCUGGCCCCAGUCCACCAGGGCCAGGCAACGAGGAUGGAAAGAACUUUGGUGGAGGAGGUGCACCGCCUGGGCCUCCGCAGCAGCAGCAACAACAGCAGCAGCAACAGCUUAACCUAAAUCCCAACGGCCCCCCUCCUAAUAAUACCACUCCUGGCCCUCCUCCUAACUCUGGCCCACCACAGCCUGGGGGCGGUUUCCCUGGUCACCCGGACGUCCAGCAGCCCAACGCCAAUACACCUGGUCAGCCUCCAUCAGCACCGCCACAGCCUAACCCCAACUCUUCUCCUACCGGUCCCCUGAAUGGAUCAGGCCAGCCCCAGCAUCCAGCACCCAGUCAGCUACAGCCCCCCAGCAACACAAACACCCCAAACUCUAAUAACUCAAACCAGCAGCAGCAGCAACAGUCUACUCCACCUAACUCUGCCCCUGGCUCCACGCCUUACAACCAGCAGAACAACACUCCUGUUGCUGGCGGUCCAAUGCCAAACGCUGCCCCCAAUUCAGGUCAGAACAACAUGACCAACAACAAUGGCGGCAACACACCUGGCAGCAACCCUAAUCCCCCCUCUAACUCCACAUCCACCCCAAACACCCAGUCUCCCCUGCCCCCUGGCCCUGCUGCCCCGUCAACCGGGCCCGGUUCUGGCCCCGGAAAACUCGGUGGCCCUGGAAUGGUCUUCCCUUGCGGCCUUUGUAUGGCGGAGGUGCAUGACGACCAGGAUGCCAUCCUGUGCGAGGCAUCGUGCCAGCGCUGGUUCCACCGGGACUGCACAGGCCUGACAGAGCCAGCGUAUGGGCUGCUGACUCGAGAGAGUGCUGCUGUUUGGGCCUGUGACUUCUGCAUCAAGACCAAGGACAUCCAGGCUGUGUUUGUGCGCCAGGGAUUAGGCCAGCUGGUGGCAGCUAAUGAGAGUUGAGGAGUGGAUGACAAUGGAGCAGCGACACGUAAGGACACAUGGAGACAUCUUGGUUCUGAUCUAAGUGAAUGACCAGUGUGUCAUGUCAGCUACUUGCCGGAAUUUUUUUCUUGACGAGCCCUUUACUUGUUCACUACACAGAGAAACACACUCAUUGACGUUCAUGCUUUUAUAUAUAUAUAUAUAUAUAUAUAUAUAUAUAUAUAUAUAUAUAUAUAUAUAUAUAUAGCACUUUGAGUGACUCUAGGCAAAUGAUUUUUCUCCCCCAUCCCCUAUAGGAGUCAAAUCAUGAUGAAUGUUAAACUACACAGUCCUUCAGACAUCUAGCCUGCCAACCAGCAAAGCACUGACACCAACACACUACCUCACACACUUUGUGACUGACUUGCACGGAAGCUCCCGCACUGACUGACUGUGAUUGACUUGCCACACUCAUGCACCACAUGAGUGCGAUGAUAUUUCAAACACAUAUAUACACACAAACCCACGUUAGGCGGGGGAAGAAAUGUUGAAAUAUUCGAAAUACACCCCACCGUGUUUUGACACAAUGACUCAAAAAUAUCAACAUUAUUCUUUUUAUCUUCAUGGCUUUAAAUUAAAACGCAAUAUAUAAAUUCUUAAAAACUGAAAUUUAAAAGGGACUGGGGUUUCAUUCAUUAAUUGAUUCACAGCUUUAUUUGCCGUCAAAAUGCUUCAUUCUAGCACUGCCCAAUCACAGUUAGCCUUUUUUUUCUGCAAGCAAGUGAAAGGAAAAUGGAAAAAUACAUCAGUGUCUUGCAAUGUAAACUGUCAGUAUCAGGAGUAUUGUGAAACAUAAAUGUCAAGUGAGGAAAAAAAAAAAUCAAUUUUUAAAUUCUGUUCAUAAUUCCUGCACCUGCACAAAUGCAUACACACACACACACACACACACACACACAAACACACACACUUUGACCCUGUACUUCUUAAAUGUUUCAUUUUGUACCCAGUGCUAAUUAAUCCAAAGGACACCUGGGCUGAGAUUUCAUCAACACUUCACAGAGAAAGUUUUUACCACAGAAAUAGUUGUAAAUAUUAGGACAAAACAUUUGUCUGGAACUCCCAUCAGUUGUGAACAUGCCGAAGAGUUGACCAAUGAACAAAAUAAUGAGUUGAACCUAUGUGUCUUGGUUGUAUACAAUAUGGCGUCUUGGUUUUUAUACAGUACAAUUGAGUCAACCAUUUCUUUUUAUCUCUGCAGUACACAUGAAUUGUGAAAUCAGUGCUUUUUGGAUGGUGUUGGCAUAGCAAGUAGUGACAUCAUGUCAUAUCAGAUGUGCAUAGUCCUUUUUUAAAAAAAAUUUAAAAAAAGAAAGAAAAAAAAUAUGAGGGGAGGGGGGUGCAUGUGAACCAAUGCAGUAACUGUCUGAUCUGUUUAUGUUUAUAUUCUGGCCUCUGUGCUGCAAGAGGCCUUGAAGUAGACCAAAUAACUAAAGAGCGAAAAAUACCCAUUUUUCACAUUUCUGUCACGGUAUAAGGUGUUUAUAACUAUUCUUCCUUCUCUCUUUCCUUAAUUUUUCUUUAUUCAAUGUCCAAGUUGCCUUUCUUUUCUUGCUCUCUCAGCUGUUCCUUUUUAUUUUGUACUGGUAUUUGUGCUGUGCUUUUGCUCUGCUCUGGCGCCUCCUGGUGGAACCUGGAGGAACCAGUGAGUCCCACAUCAGGUGGGGAAGGGAAAGGUACUGAACUCUGAAGUAAAGACAGAUUUUUUUGUA